GAUAGAUAGAGAGAGAGAGAGAGACAGCUGUGGUGUGCUGUGCUCUGCGUUCCUUUCAUUCUCAUUCUGAGUCAAUAUAGACACUAAUCAAUCUCUAUUCGGCACUUCAUCGAUCUUCAUUUUCCUGGUGUGAAUUUCUAUUCAUCGAUCUGUAUUAGUGAAGGUUUCGGCGUUAGAUCUGGCGUAUAUUUGAUUGAUCAAUCAAGAGGCAUUGCGUUGAUUUGUGACGGAGGUUACGAUAACGCUCAGAUCUUUACUCGAGGUGCAAAAUCUUUAGGCAUGUCGGCAAUAUCUCUGGGUGACACUAAAACUUGAUUAGUUUCAGUCCAUCGUUCUCAUUUCUCAGCAAACAAAGAGGCUAUGGAAUCAGAAGGAGAAACUGGGGGGAAGUCCUUGAAGAGCUUGGGUGGUCAGGUCUGCCAGAUCUGUGGUGAUAAUGUUGGCACAACUGUGGAGGGUGAACCAUUUGUUGCUUGCGAUGUCUGUGCAUUUCCUGUCUGCAGGCCGUGCUACGAGUACGAGAGGAAGGACGGAAAUCAGUCUUGCCCUCAAUGCAAGACCAGAUAUAAAAGACAUAAAGGAAGCCCUGCUAUCCGUGGCAGUGGAGAAGAGGAUGGCGAUGCCAAUGAUGGUGCCUGUGAUUUUCGUUACGCUUCAGGGAAUCAAGGCGAGAAGCAGAAAGUUGUGGAGCGCAUGUUGAGCUGGCAAAUGGCGUAUGGACGAGGGGAAGAUAUUGGGGCUCCAAACUAUGAUAAAGAGGUCUCUCAGAACCACAUUCCUUUGCUCACAAAUGGACAAGAGGUUUCUGGAGAGUUGUCGGCAGCAUCACCUGAACGUCUUUCAGUGGCGUCUCCUGGACCUGGUGGUGGAGGAAAACCUAAUAUCAGGGUUGUCGAUCCAGUGAGGGAGUUUGGAUCCCCAGGAUUAGGUAACGUAGCAUGGAAAGAGAGAGUUGAUGGCUGGAAGAUGAAGCAGGAGAAGAAUGUUGUUCCUAUGACUACUAGCCAUACUGCUUCAGAAAGAGGUGGAGAUAUUGAUGCCAGUACAGAUGUGCUGGUGGAUGACUCAUUACUGAAUGAUGAAGCUCGGCAGCCUCUUUCAAGGAAGGUUUCUGUUCCAUCAUCCAGGAUAAACCCUUACAGGAUGGUUAUUGUCCUGCGGCUCGUUAUUCUCAGCAUUUUCCUGCACUAUCGGCUAACAAAUCCUGUUCAAAAUGCCUAUGCACUGUGGCUUAUAUCAGUGAUAUGUGAGAUUUGGUUUGCAGGAUCAUGGAUUCUGGAUCAGUUCCCCAAGUGGGCACCUGUGAACCGUGAAACAUAUCUUGACAGGCUUGCACUUAGAUAUGACAGAGAAGGAGAACCAUCACAAUUAGCAGCUGUUGACAUUUUUGUCAGUACUGUUGACCCUUUAAAGGAGCCUCCUCUUGUUACAGCCAAUACUGUCCUAUCCAUUCUUGCAGUUGACUAUCCAGUUGACAAGGUCUCGUGCUAUGUCUCUGAUGAUGGUUCUGCAAUGUUAACAUUUGAAGCUCUGUCUGAAACAUCAGAAUUUUCUAGGAAGUGGGUUCCUUUCUGCAAGAAGUAUAACAUUGAGCCCAGGGCUCCAGAAUGGUAUUUUGCUCAAAAGAUAGACUACCUGAAAGAUAAAGUUCAGCCAUCAUUUGUCAAAGAUCGUAGGGCUAUGAAGAGAGAAUAUGAAGAGUUUAAAAUCCGUGUUAAUGGACUUGUUGCCAAGGCCCAGAAAGUUCCUGAAGAAGGAUGGAUCAUGCAAGAUGGUACACCAUGGCCUGGAAAUAACACCAGGGAUCAUCCAGGAAUGAUCCAGGUUUUCUUAGGCCAAAGUGGAGGGCUUGACAGUGACGGUAAUGAGCUGCCACGGUUAGUCUAUGUUUCUCGUGAGAAGCGUCCGGGCUUCCAACAUCACAAGAAAGCCGGGGCCAUGAAUUCACUAGUUCGCGUAUCGGCAGUCCUUACAAAUGGACCCUUCUUGUUGAAUCUUGAUUGUGAUCACUACAUUAAUAAUAGCAAGGCAUUGAGAGAAGCAAUGUGUUUUAUGAUGGAUCCAAACCUUGGAAAAUAUGUCUGUUAUGUUCAGUUUCCACAGAGAUUUGAUGGAAUUGAUAGGAAUGAUCGAUAUGCCAACCGUAACACUGUUUUCUUUGAUAUAAACUUGAGAGGUUUGGAUGGCAUUCAAGGCCCUGUUUAUGUGGGUACUGGAUGUGUUUUCAAUAGAACUGCUUUAUACGGUUAUGAGCCUCCUCUCAAACCCAAGCAUAAAAAGCCAGGGUUGCUCUCAUCAUUGUGCGGUGGAUCACGAAAAAAAAGUUCUAAAUCAAGUAAGAAGAGCUCAGAGAAAAAGAAAUCUAGCAAGCAUGUUGACCCUACUGUGCCAGUAUUCAAUUUGGAGGAUAUAGAAGAAGGGGUGGAAGGUGCUGGAUUUGAUGAUGAGAAGUCAUUGCUUAUGUCACAAAUGAGCCUUGAGAAAAGAUUUGGUCAGUCCGCUGUUUUUGUUGCAUCCACAUUGAUGGAGAAUGGUGGUGUUCCUCAAUCAGCAACGCCAGAAAAUCUUCUUAAAGAGGCAAUUCAUGUUAUCAGUUGUGGGUACGAGGAUAAAACGGAAUGGGGAAGUGAGAUAGGAUGGAUCUAUGGUUCGGUCACAGAAGAUAUUCUUACAGGAUUCAAGAUGCAUGCCCGUGGUUGGCGAUCAAUUUAUUGCAUGCCUAAGCGAUCAGCUUUUAAAGGGUCUGCUCCUAUUAAUCUGUCGGAUCGUCUGAACCAAGUGCUUCGUUGGGCUUUGGGUUCUGUUGAAAUUCUUUUCAGUCGACACUGCCCCAUAUGGUAUGGUUAUGGAGGAAGGCUGAAAUGGCUUGAAAGGUUUGCAUAUGUAAAUACUACCAUUUACCCGAUCACUGCCAUUCCUCUUCUUCUUUAUUGUACUUUGCCAGCUGUCUGCCUGCUUACUGGAAAGUUCAUAAUUCCACAGAUUAGUAACUUUGCUAGUAUUUGGUUCAUAUCCCUCUUUCUUUCCAUCUUUGCCACUGGCAUACUGGAGAUGAGAUGGAGUGGUGUGAGAAUAGAUGAAUGGUGGAGGAACGAGCAGUUCUGGGUCAUUGGUGGUGUUUCAGCCCAUCUUUUUGCUGUUUUCCAAGGUCUGCUUAAAGUGCUUGCUGGAAUUGACACCAACUUCACCGUCACAUCCAAGGCGUCAGAUGAGGAUGGGGAUUUUACCGAAUUGUACAUGUUCAAAUGGACAACUCUCCUGAUUCCACCAACAACCCUCCUCAUUGUAAACUUGGUAGGUGUUGUUGCAGGCAUCUCGUAUGCCAUUAACAGUGGUUACCAGUCAUGGGGUCCACUCUUUGGCAAACUGUUCUUUGCAUUUUGGGUGAUUGUUCAUCUCUAUCCCUUCCUCAAAGGGCUGAUGGGGCGCCAGAACCGGACACCCACUAUCGUCGUCGUAUGGUCCAUUCUCCUUGCUUCCAUUUUCUCUUUAUUAUGGGUGCGGAUUGACCCCUUUACCACCCAGGUUACUGGUCCAGAUGUUGAGGUGUGCGGUAUCAACUGCUAAUAGAGAACGCCACUGGGGAUAGGAUGAAUUCAAUCUGGAUUUCCUCUAUAUGUUUUGGGAGUUGGUUCUAAUGUGAUCCCCUCUGGUGCUUGUUUGUUCCCAUCUGGCUGCCAACCAAGUUGUCUAUGUUUUGCCAAUGAGAGGAGCAAUCUUGUAAGUUUGCUAUGAUCGAUGUUAUGUAUUAAUUUUUUUUUUUCCCCAUUUUCGUUGUUUUUUCGUAUUGUAAUCUGUUGGAUUGAAUGGAAUAACAUAUAUUCAUUAGUUUAUUAUACUGCAAAUGCUAUAGGACUAAGGUAUGAAUCUAUACACAAUCCUACAU